GCCGGAGGGUUGAGGGCGUGAGGUAUUUCGCGAAGGCAUCGAGAACUGCCAUCAGUAUUGGGCAUAAGGCAGGUUGAUAUUGCUGAGGCUCUUCAAAGGAGUGUCACUAAGGCACCACAAUGGGUGUCAAACACCAAACUGGCAAGCAGCGGAAGGACAAGUUCUAUCACUUGGCCAAGGAGACCGGCUUCCGCGCUCGUUCCGCAUUCAAGCUGAUCCAGCUGAACCGCAAGUUUGAGUUCCUGCAGAAGGCCCGCGUGGUGGUGGACCUCUGCGCCGCGCCUGGAUCAUGGAUGCAGGUGGCGCGCCAGAACAUGCCCAUCUCCAGCAUCUGCGUGGGCGUGGACCUGGUGCCCAUCAAGCCCAUACCGAACUGCAUCGCGCUGAAGGAGGACAUCACCACCGAUAAGUGUCGGCAGGCGCUGAAGCGGGAGCUCAAGACGUGGCGGGCGGACGUGGUGAUGAACGACGGCGCCCCAAACGUCGGCAAGUCCUGGCUGCACGACGCGUUCAAGCAGGCCGAGCUGACGCUGUCAGCGCUGGCGUUGGCCACUGAGUUUCUCCGUAAGGGCGGCUGGUUCGUCACCAAGAUUUUCCGCUCGAAAGAUUACCACGCUCUGAUCUGGGUGUUCAAGAUGCUGUUCAACAAGGUGCACGCCACCAAGCCCCAGGCGUCUCGAAACGAGUCGGCCGAGAUUUUCGUGGUGUGUCAGGGUUUCAAGGCACCGGACAAGAUUGACCCCAAAUUCCUCAGCUCGAAGUAUGUCUUUGGUGAGCUGAAUGAGGAGAAGCCGACGCAGCUGGUGUUGGGAAGACCGCAGAAAAAGGAGAAGGCAGUGGGAUAUGCUGAUGGUGAGGCCACCGUCUUCAGCGUGUUGCCGGCGACAGAGUUCAUUAGCAAGCCGAACCACCUGGAAAUGCUGCAAGGUGCUAGCAAGAUCGUCUUUGACACCGAUGUCAUCGCCAAUCAUCCUUCUACUACUGACGAAAUCCGUUCAAGUUGCGAGGAUAUCAAAGUGCUCGGUAAAGCAGAGAUCAAGGCACUGAUCAAGUGGCGAAAGAAGUUAAAGGAGCAGCUGGAAAAGAAGGGGGAAGUAGAACCGCCCAAAAAAGAAGAAUCUGAGGAUGACGAAGAGGAUGAGCUGGCGAAAAUAGAUCAGCAAAUCGCCGAUUUAAAAGCCCAGCAGCAUGCUGAAGCGAAAAAGAAAAGAAAGAAGCUUCUUCAAGAGAGACGAAAAAUUCUUGAGAAGCUUCGCGCCUCUGGUUACUCAACAGAGGGAAGAGUAGAAACAUCUGAACAGGACCUGUUUGCGCUUCGUGACGUUAAAGAUCCCAGUAAGGCUGUCGAUGCUGACCUUAAUGACAUUCCUGUGGAGGAGGAGGCUGUUGAGCAUGAAGAAGGCCCGACGACGAGGCAGUUUGCUCGCGACCACGAAACUCGUGAUGCGAUGGGGAACUUCGACCCGAGUGUGGAAGAUCGUCUUGAUGAGGACGAACUGCAGUGGGUCGACGAUGAUGCUCAAGAUCCGGAUGGCCUCGGGCUGGAAGCCGAUGGUGAAGACCGGUCAGACGAGGAGGAGGAAGACGAAGAAGAGCCUCAGCUGCUGGUGGAUGACAUUCAGCUGACGAAGGGCGGUAAAGUGUCAAGUUUGGAACGACGGGCGCGCAAAGCGGAGUUGUGGUUUGACAAAGACGUGUUCGAGUCGAUCGAGGAUGAGGCAGACGAGGAUUUUGAACUAGAGCAGGCCAUCAAAUCUCACGAAGCAAAAGGUGGCACUCUGUUUAGUGGCAGUAAAGUGGAAGAGGGGAGUGCGGAGAAGUCCACUAAAAGGCUCUCGAAAGAGUCAGCGGCAAAAGAGAAAGAUGCCGACUUGAAUAAAUUUGACAGUGAUAGCGAGGAGGAGGAAGUUGACGCCACAGCACAGAGUGACGAUGACGCCAAGUCAGACAGCGACACUGACAGCGACUCGGACGAUGAACCCCGUGGUAAGCGGUCAGCCAAGCGCGGCAAGCGCGCGGCCGAGCCGUCAGAAGCGGCACCGAGCGCCAAGAAGCGGGUGGUGAAGCUGGACGCCGAGGGGCUCACGCUCGGCUCCAUGAUGAUCCACUCGAAGAAGGCGCGCCGCGACAUCGUCGACGCCAGCUACAACCGCUACGCCUUCGACGACGUCAACCUGCCGGCCUGGUUCGUGGAUGACGAGAAGCGCCACAUGCGCUGGCGGCCGGAGCUGGACCCGGCACUGCUGGCCGAGUACAAAGAGCGACUCAAGGACGUAGACGCGCGGCCCAUCAAGAAGGUGGCCGAAGCCAAGGCGCGCAAGAAGCGGCGUCUCCAGAAGCGCAUGGAGAAGGCCAGGCACCGCGCGGAGGCGGUGGUCGAAAAGGAGGACACGACUACGAUGGAGAAGGCGCGCGAGCUGCGCAAGAUCUACAAGCGUGCGCGCAGCAAGAAGCAGCAAGAGGUGAAAUACGUGGUGGCGAAGAAGAGCACGACGCAUGGCAAGCGCGCGCAGCGGCCGGCCGGUGUCAAAGGUCACUACAAGGUGGUUGACCCUAGGAUGAAGAAGGACAUGAGGGGGAUGCAGAAGGGUGGGAAGGGCGCGAAGAGCGGAAGGCCCGCCAAGGGUGGUACGGGACGUGGGGGCGGUAAGGGACGUGGUGGGAAAAGGUGAAGAAAGAAAUAAUACGCGAGUGUCUUCAUCAUCAUGUGAAUAAACUAUUGUGUACAAUUUGUUAAAUGGUAUCGUCACGUUCUCUUAGGAACAUUAUAUGACAUACGACAAUGAAAGGCGCAUGCAGCAGCGAACGAAUGUUUGUGCUGCGCCUGCGCUGUGGUUCUCCGAUCAGAGAGUGCGAACUGGGCGUGGCUGAGUGUGGAUGAAGUUGCAGCUUGCAAGAAUGUAGAUGGUGUCAACUGGAUUUUAGUGCAGUCGGUGUCUCUUUUAUUCAAAGUACGCGAAUUUGGGGUUGGUGUUAAGGACCAAGAAAGUGGACAUGGGGGGGGGGGGGGAGGCGAAUGUGGCAGUGGCUUCCUCCCUUGAGGAAGCGAGGGGGCGGCUGAUCAACGUCAGGUGCUCUUCCACGUGGCCGGAGUAGAUCUUAAUUUGUGUUAUGCUUACGUUCCUCUUAAAAAAACUGAAACGCUACAAUGAUGACUGGGUUGUUACAAAGGUUCGUAGAAGUGUUUAGGGCCGAUCCUACCACUCACACGGUGAUCCAUGCCCAAAAAUGAAAAUGUUGAUCCAUGCCCAAAAAUGUUGCACGGAAGUUUUUUGAAGUUCGAAGAAAGCUGACGUGAAUGAUUUUAAGUCUCGCGUGCGACGACAGGAGGCUGAUAUUCGCUGACAACAUAACGUCCUUUACGGGCUGCUAUUGUUGAAUGCUGUCUGAAUAUUCGUAGGUUAAAUAAAAAAGUUCUUGAGAUUGCGGCGGUCAUGUUUUGGUUUUACGAGCAGAAGACAUAUGGCUCACUGUUGCAUUUGUUUACGUUUAGGGUUGUGAUUGGGUCCCGGGCUGUGGAGCGUUGUUUAAGACCUACGAAGGCCCUUUUAGAGCCGUUUUUUGCUGUACUGAAACUUUGAUGGUCGGAGUAAAAACAAAGAAUAUUUCUUCCAGAACGGAACUUCGGUGUGGGCGGUGGUGCGCGGUGACGGAAGUUGCUGCUCUUGACAACAAAUUACAACAUUAGGGAGAUUGGAAGGACCGAACGACACUAGACGAGACCGGGUGAAUGCAGCAGCGCAUAUUGGCCAGCCAGUCGUCCCGAUCCGGACAGAUCGGCACCACUCCACACCACACAGAGAGAAGCCCAGGCAGCGCAACAGGUGACGCUCCCGGACCUGGACGCCCGUGCUGACCGAACAUGGCCGCACCGCAAGCGGGCAUUACGACCAUCGCCGGGCUCAGCCCGAGCCUGAGCGGCGCCUGCAGUCUGCCGGCGCUGGUGAUCGCCAAACAGGACCCCAGGGUGAUGCCCAGCAAGCGGGAUCCGCUGACAUCGGUAUCCGUGUUAUCCUUUACCGUGCGCGACUCGGUGGAUGACAUCAUCAACGUGUCCAGCUGGGGCAGCCAGCGCCACGUGGCCAUUCAGGCCGGCCUUUUUCACGUGGGAGAUACGGUGCUGCUCCAAAGCCCGGUGGUGGUGAUCCGCCAACCGACGGACGUGGACGAGAACUACCGGCCGCACGCCACCAGUCCGUUCUCGCUGAAGCUGAGCGAGAACAGCUCGGCGGU